AUGAGGUCAUUCGAGGAACGAGAAAGAUUGUACGACAUGGGGAAGCGAGGUCACUGCACCUCAGAAUUUCUUGAUGAAGAUGACGACGACAUGUCUUAUGACGGUGAUGAGUCUGCUGUUCCUGAAGAUAAUGCCGUAUGGUGGGAAGCAGACAGUGUGCAUAGCCUUGAUGACGUCUUUUAUCACGCGGAAUCCUCUCCAUGGUCUGUCCACGAGGAAGAAGACGCAGAAGACGAAGAAGACGAAGAAGAUGAAGAAGACGAAGAAGACGAAGAAGACAAAGAAGACGAAGAAGACGAAGAAGACGAAGAAGACGAAGAAGACGAAGAAGACGAAGAAGAUGAAGAAGACGGUGUUUCGUGGGGCUCCUAUUUUAUGCUGAGCCAACCAUUGUCUGAUUGA